AUGAUCAAUACACAAACAGCGCACCACCUGAGAUUUUCGUUCAUAAUGGUUAUCAAGCCAUUCGAUACCCGCAUCGUCCAUGAACUAUGCUCAAAAGAUCAACUAGACCUUCUUGACUCUGUAGAUCGUCUUCGCUCUCAGGGGAUCGAUCAUUAUGUUUCGCUUCCACAAAUCAUUGUUUGUGGCGAUCAAUCUUCUGGCAAAAGCUCUGUUCUUGAAGCCAUUUCUGGUGUAUCUUUUCCGGUCAAGAGCAACUUGUGCACUCGUUUUCCAACUGAGUUAGUGCUACGAAAGACAUCAAAAAUCGGCGUCAGCGUCUCCAUCGUCGCAGACCGCUCGCGCAGCGAACUAGAGCGUGAAUCUCUCCAAAGCUUCUGCGAGACGCUCGAUAGCUUUGCUGCACUUCCAAAGCUGAUCGAAGAUGCCAAGACAGCCAUGGCCAUUGGCAGUCUCGGUCGAGCCUUUUCCAAGGAUCUCUUGCGUAUUGAGAUUUCUGGCCCUGAUCGACCGCAUCUCACAAUCGUGGACUUGCCAGGUCUCAUUCAUUCAGAGACCAAGCAGCAAUCUGCAGCUGAUAUCGAUCUUGUGCAAGACGUCGUCCAGUCGUACAUGAAAGAGCCCAGGAGCAUUAUUCUUGCGGUUGUGUCUGCGAAGAACGAUUACGCCAACCAAAUCGUGCUCAAGCUCGCCCGAGCUGCUGACAAAACUGGCACCCGCACCCUCGGGGUGAUCACGAAACCUGAUAGUCUGGUUCCAGGAUCUGCCAGCGAAAUCAUGUACAUAUCGCUCGCCAAAAAUCUCGAUGUGGAAUUUCGUCUUGGAUGGCAUGUUCUCAAGAAUAUGGAUUCAGAAACCGGAUCUUGGGAUCUUUCUAAGCGUGAUGAAGAAGAAAAGCAUUUCUUUUCCAAGGGAGUGUGGCCCGCGCUGCCCGAGUCUAUCCUUGGCAUUGUAUCAUUAAGAGAGCGACUGAGCAAGCUCCUUCUUGUUCAGAUUGCGGCAGAACUCCCCAGUCUUGUGGACGAGAUUGAACUCAAGUCUGCCGCUUGUCGCGCUGUACUUCAAAAGCUAGGCCAGCCACGAGCUACUACCGACGAACAACGGCACUAUCUAGUCACUCUAAGUCAAUCAUGCCAGACUCUCACGAAAGCCGCCGUCGACGGGACUUACAACGACGAGUUUUUUGGCGACGCUAAGACUGACGCUGGCUACCAGAAGCGCAUUCGUGCUGUGGUGCAAAGCCUCAAUCAGUUUUUUGCGGAAGAAAUGACUCAUGCAGGACACUACUUCUCCAUCAUCAACUCUUCUGACGAACGUCAUUCAGUGAGACCAAUAGCGAUACCGAAGGAGAGAAUCCUCAGCCGGCCCGAGUUUCUCAAGCGAAUCGAGGAUCUCAUGAAACAUACCCGUGGCCGAGAACUGCCUGGCACCUUCAGCCCCAUGAUAGUAUCUGACCUCUUCUUCGAGCAGUCAUCGGGAUGGGAAGAGUUUGCUAGAGCUCAUGUCGCAAAAGUCGUACUUGCGGCAAGGACCUUUCUCGGACACCUCACUUCCCAUGUCGCGGACGCUUCCACAUGCGGCGUGCUGUUUCGAACCUUAGUCGAACCAGCAUUAGAGAGGAUCUGCAAAGAUGUGGAAAGUAAGACGACGGAUCUGCUUGCUUCUCAUCAGCGUGGGCAUCCCAUCACCUAUAACCAUCACUUCAUAGAGACGCUUCAGCAGGCCCGAAAAGAGAGAAGUACUGCAGAACUCACACGCAUCAUCCAAGAAACCUUCAACAUCAGCUCACUCGACCCAACUGGACAACGUCAGUCUAGAGAGAUGGAUUAUCGUCCACUGUUAGAUGCGCUCGUGACGCAUAACAACCCUGAUAUGACUCAGCAUGCGUGCUCCGAAGCGCUGGAUUGUAUGCAAGCUUACUAUAAGAUCGCCAUGGAACGCUUCGUCGACGAUGUUGCUGUCGAGGCUGUCGAGAAGGGUAUCAUCGCUAGACUGAACGAUAUUGUUUCGCCAGUCGAAGUCACUUCUCUGGCCUCUGAUGUAGUGACAAGCAUUGCAGGCGAGUCUGAAGAGAGCCGAGCGAAGCGGAAGCAAUUGGAAAACCAGCUGGAUGUAUUGGUGCAGGGGCUGGAGACGUGUAACAGAUUCAUGAUAAGAACUUUACAAGGUGCAACGAGCGCGGCCAUCUUUGAUAGUGGAUCUGGGACUUUUCCGCCAGACGUGUCAUUGAACUCUCCCUGCGGAGAAUCGGGCGAAGUCAUCACUAAUGAUGGGCUGGAGGAAGUUGAGGUAUCUUCCGAUACGGCUCACAUCGAGGGGGAUCUACCAACCGAGUCAGAAGCAGUACCAGACGAAGAAUCUGAAGCUGUGGAUAUGGGUUAUCCCAGUGAUUCUUGCUGA